AUGAACGAGUCGGACUUUGCCUGCCCCAUUUGCCUCAACCUGCUCUACAAACCCGCCGUGAAUACGGUGUGCGGGCAUGCGUUCUGCUUCUACUGCCUCUUCAGGGCCAUGUCCCCUUACGAGGCCUCCCACUGCCCGCUGUGCCGGCAUGCAUUCGGGCACCUGCCAGGGGUCUGCGCGGCCCUGGACGCGGCACUCCGACUGAGUUUCCCCUCCAGCUACGCCGCCCGUGCCGUGGAGGAGGAGGGCCAGGCGUCAGGCCAGGGCUACAGCAUCCACGGCGUCGAGCACGCCGCCCACCCUGCCCGCCUCCCCGACUCCCUGCGCUGCUGCCACCCUGGCUGCCAAGCAGUGCUGGCCCUCCCCCGCGUCCUGGCCUGCGGCCACGCCCUCUGCGCAGCGCACGCUGCACCCGAAGGCUCGAGGGCCGCCUGGGGCUGCCCGCUCUGCGCUGUGCCCACCCCCCUCCCCGUGGCACGGUGCGGGGUCUUGGACCGCGCAGUGGCCGCCCUGUGCCCCCAGCUGCACGCCGCUGCUGCGGCCGCGGAGCGGGCACAAUGCGGGCCUCACGACACGACGACUGCGACGCAGGCGUCGGUACCCCCGGCCCAGGGCCGCUCAGCGACGCCGACGGCUGGGCCCCCGGGCACCGCACAGGCGGGCGCGCGGGCUGGUGCGGAGGGUCAGGGCCCGGCGACGCAGGCCCCCCUGGCCGGUGCCUGGACCGCAGAGGCCUUUGUUCACUACGGCGCCGGCUGCGACGCCUGCGGCCAGCACCCCAUCGUGGGCCGGCGCUGGCGCUGCCGGGACUGCCCCGCGGCGAUCGGCUUCGACCUCUGUGCGCGGUGCCACGCCAGCUGCGGCGCCGGGGUCGCGGUGUUGGGACGGUUCAAUCAGAGCCACGAGCCUGGGCACACGAUGGAGGAGGUGCGGCCCAGGUCCACCUGGCUGCACCUCCUGCAGGGCCUGAAUCCGGACCUCUCCCCGGGCCAGCUCCUGGGCAUGCUGGCGCUGGUGCAGGGCGAGGAGCCGGAGGAGGCGACCGAGGACGGCACGGCGGGGGAGGGCGAGGGGGCCGACCGGGCUGUGGAAAGGGGGGAAGACAACCGAGGAGAGAGUGGGUGGGAGGACGGCGAGACGAGGGGCGAGGGGGGAGACAGCCCCGUGGGGAGCGGCCGAGUCGGCGGGCAGGCGGAGCGCGGCCAAGGCGGCGGGCGGGCGGAGCGCGGCGGCGAGCCCGACGCAGGUUCGCCGAGCGGGUCAGAAAGCAGGGAGCAGGCGGGGGCGGCGGACGAUGACCAGGCCGGCGACGGCAUGGGCCCCAACUUCAUGCCAUCUCGCCGUGGGCCCAGACCCGCACAGGCCGCCGCCGCCGCCUGGCCGUCCCCCAGCGCACCCUCGUCGCGCCCCGAUGAGGCCUGCUGA